AUGGAGGUAAUCAAUGCAAGCGUCCUGGUGAAUGUCUCAAACACAGAUCUAGGACAAUGUGAUAUGUACUGCAGGGUUAUUUUGAUAAUACUCUACAGUGUGGUUUUACUUGGUGGCACUACUGGAAUGGUUUUAAUGUCAUGCAUGAUGUCCAAAAGGAGCAGCCAAUCAGUGAUUGCCACAUUCGUCCUCAAUAUCAUAGCACUGCACUCCAUCCUGCUGGUCAGCCUUCCCUUCCGCGUCAGCUAUUACUUCUCAGCCACCUGGAGCCUUGGAUCUUUUGCUUGCCGGCUGGUCAGCAGCAUCAUCUACAGCCAUAUGUACUUCACUUUUGUUUUCUAUGUGGCCAUUGUCAUACUCCGAUUACUCAUCUAUUUCAAGAAACUCCAAGUGCAACAGUUGAAGAAGCACUAUGCGGUAGCUUUGAGCAUUAUUAUUUGGACAGUGGGUGGCCUUAUUUUUUUGACAGUUUUUUUUUUACAAUAUGGCACAGAUCCAAGUCACUCCAAACAACAGCGAUGCUUUGAGUUCUACAGAGACCUCAAACGGAAGGAAAUCAUUGUCAUAAACUACUCUAUGAUUGUCACUAUGAUGAUCACAGUUGUGAUCCUUUUCUUGCUACAGCUGGUUGUCAUCUUUCAAUUGAUAAAGGCUCUUUGGCCUGACAUGUGGGCCCAUCAAGAAUUUAGGGCCCAAAUCAAGAGUUUCUUCUUCGUCCUGGUAAUAGUUGUUUGUUUUAUACCACACCAUGUAUUCCGGGUACACUUUAUUCAAAAUUAUUCAGAGAGGGAAAAUUCUAAGUUGGUUCUUUACAAUGAAAUCUGUGUUGCUUUAACAACAGUCUGUUGCUUAGAUAUGCUAUGCUUCGUAGGUGGAGUGGUCCAUUAA